AUGGCCAUUGUUAACGCUGCAAAGAUAUUGCAGGGGAUACCAAAGCCUUUUCACCAUGAUACCUUGGGGCCUAGUAGCAAAAGAGAGCUUAUUCAGCAAGGAGGGAUGCAAAAAUAUCAGGCUAACAGCUGAACUUGGGAUUUUUCAGUCAACAAGGUGUUACGAAGGCAUCUUCUGUGCAGCAUGCACCUUUGAACAGAUGAACCAAGCUCACCCCAGGCCCCUGCCCAAAUCUGACAGUAUGGAUUGGAGAACAGUAAUUUACGUUAUUUUAUUGAGCUUCACUGUUGUCAAAGCCCUGCCAAGAAGUUAUCGGGACAUAGAGGGAAAAAACAACAUUGGCCAGCGUUUUUCUCAGCUGCAGGAAAAGAAUUUUAAAGCCAUUGCCAUGAUCAUGUUUGCUCAGUAUGUGCAAGGAAGCACGUUUGGCAAAGCAGUUAAAAUGGCUGAAGGCGUCACAGAGCUCGCCAAAACAUGUGCUGCGGCAGCCAGAGACAACCCGGGAUGCCUGAAGCCUUUGGACAGGAUUUUCCUUGAUACAAUAUGCCAGGAGGGAGAUCUUCCCGGGCUCACUGACUGCUGUGCUAAAAACGAUCCUGAAAGAAAUGACUGCUUCCUCUCCCUCAAAAAUUCGAGAGGAUUCGUUACUCCUUUUGAAAGGCCAAAUGCUGAAGCUGCAUGCAGAAAUUAUUCACAGAAUCCACAGCUAUUAACAGGAUAUUUUCUCUACGAGGUUUCCAGAAGGCAUCCUUUCCUCUAUGCCCCAACAAUCCUUUCUGUUGCUCUCCGGUACGAUGACAUGAUGAAGAACUGCUGUGGAAGUGCUGCAGAUCCCCCUCAUGCCCUGGAGGAAUGCUUCCAGAGACAGGUACCAAAGGUAAUGAAGCCCAUCAAAGAAGAUGGCCUGAGGCAGGAGCACACCUGUGGAAUCUUGACAAAGUUUGGAGAAGAGACCUUAAAGACUCUGAAGCUUGCUCAGAUAAGCCAAAAAUUCCCUAAAGCUGAUUUUGUUACUGUUAACAAACUUGUGGUGGAUAUUGCCAACAUGCACAAGGACUGCUGUCGUGGAGAUAUGCUGGACUGUAUGCACCAGAGGGAAGAGAUUCUACACUAUGUCUGCACCAACCAAGACGUCCUCUCCAGUAAAAUUAAGACAUGCUGUGAAAAGCCCCUGUUACAAAGAAGCGAAUGCAUAGUUAAUGCAGAAAAUGAUGACAAACCUGCAGGCUUGUCCCCCCACAUCAGGGAGUUUAUAGAAGACAAUGAAGUAUGCAAACAUUUUGCCGAGGAAAAAGACACACACUUAGCCAGGUUUCUGUAUGAAUAUUCCAGGAGACACCCUGAAUUUUCUGCUCAAAUGCUGUUAAGAAUUGGUAAAGGAUACCAGGACCUACUGAGCGAGUGCUGCAGACCCGGUGCUCCCAAGGACUGCUGCAGCAGAGGGGAGGAAGAACUGAAGAAACAUAUUUAUGAAACUGAAAGUGUCAUGAAGACAAGCUGUGACAUUUACCAAGAGAAGGGAGAUUACUAUUUCCAAAACGAGCUUCUCAUGAGCUUCACCAAGAAGAUGCCUCAGCUGACAUCCGCAGAGCUGAUAAAAUUCACCAAGCAAAUGACUAUGAUUGGCUCCAAAUGCUGCCAGUUGAGCCAGGACAAACUACUGCCAUGUGCUGAGGAAAAUCUGGAUCUUGUGCUUGGAGAAAUAUGUAGAAGACACCUGACUGAUCCAAUAAACCCAGGGGUCUGCCGCUGCUGCAGUAGCUCCUAUGCUUCCAGGAGGCCAUGCAUAGGGAAACUGGAGAUUGAUGAGAAUUAUGUGCCCUUAUCAUUGACUCCUGGUCUGUUCACUUUCCGCGAAGACUUGUGUACAACUGUAGAAGAAAAGUUACAGCACAAAAAGCAGGAAAUGCUCAUCAACCUCAUCAAAUACAAGCCUCAGAUCACCCAGGGACAGCUGAGCUCUGUCACAGCGGCCUUCGCUGCCAUGAGGGAACAGUGCUGCAAGGAAGAAAACCCUGAGGCAUGUUUUGGGAAAGAGGGUCCAGAACUUAUAAAAAGAAGUGAAAAGCUGUUGUCAGCAUAA